AUGCCGGACUCGAAGUGCCGUCCCGUCACGAGGAUGCUGGCGCGGAGGAUGACGCCGUCACCACCGCCAUCUGCUCUGCCUGAGAUUUCACUGGUGACGUGCGUGCGACAGCGGGUAGCCGAGCCGCCUUUGCUGGACAAGCUCCAGCAUAAUCACGCCUUCUUCCCAAGCAGCCCGUGCUGGAGUCCACUGCAGUCGCCGCGGAGCCCCUCGGGGAGCCCCCGGCUGGUCAGGCAGUCCUCGCAGCGGCUGCUGGACACGGGCGCGCUGCUGGAGCUGUCGCCGCUUCCGCGCGAGAGCCGCGGGGAGGGCGCUGCGCCGCCAGAGCUGGGCACGCCCCGGUCCACCAGGCCAGCGGCCGGCAGCCCUGGGGGCAAGGGCGCGUUCGCUUUCCCGCCGCGCCUCGGCGACGACGGCGGGGCCCCGGCGGGCGGUGCCUCGACGGCGCGGCGGCGCGGCGGCGCCUCGUCGAGGGCCCAGAGCGCGGCGGGGGCCAGGGCGGCCGCCGCCGCGGGCGGCGCCGCGGCGCCGCCCGGGCCUGGCGGCAGAGCUGCUCCCAGGCCCUCGCGCCGGGCGCGGAGCGUGGGCACCAACAGGGCGGAGCGCAUGGAGCUCGCGGUCUUCGAGCCCUCGCCGGCGGUGCCCUCGCCGGCCGAGGUCUGCCGGCUCUUCGGUAUCCAAGAGUUGCCCGACCACUGCGACGGCCCCGGGCGCCUAGAGCCGGUGCCGGAGCCGGCUGCCCUGCGGCUGAAGGAUCGGCUCGUGGUGGCAGACGAAGCCGGCCCGCAGGAGCCCGACGUCGUCGUGGCGGGGCCCGCCGCGCCGGGCGAGGCGGCGAUGGCGUGCGCCUUGUGUAAGGAGGCGACGGCGAGGACGUGCGCGACGCCGAUGCAGGGCCUCCCUGCGGCCGAGCUCGCCGUGCCCGCGCGUUGUGGGCCAGAGGAGUGGUCGGAGGUGGCGUCGGCGAGGGCGCUCCCCGACCAGCCGCACGAGGAGCGCGCGCCGCAGCAGUGCCAGGCUCCGCCGGCGGAGCCGCAGCCUCCGCCGUCACUCGGUGACGGCUUGCAGGUGGCGCGGGCGGACUGUUGGCAGCAGGGUGCUGCCACCUCGGUGCAGCUGGCUGUGCGUGCCCAGCGGUCGCCAGCGCUGGAACUCGACGAGGCACCGGCCGUAGUGGAUGUCAGCCAGCUGUUGGACCCGCGCGUCGACCAGGCAGCAUCGCAAGGCGUGGUGCCUGUGGAUCAGGCACCAGCGGUAGUGGAUGUCUUCCAGCUGUUGGACCCGCGCGUCGACCAAGCGGCAUCGCAAGGCGACGUGCCUGUGGAGCAGGCACUGGCUGUAGUGGAUGUCGGCCAGCUGUUGGACCCGCGCGUCGACCAGGCGGCGCCGCAAGGCUUCGUGCCUGUGGAUCAGGCACUGGCGGCAGUGGGCGUCGGCCAGCUGUUGGGCCUUCGCGUCGACCAGGCGGCAUCUCAAGGCGUCGUGCCUGUGGAUCAGGCACCGGCGGUGAUGGAUGCCGGCCAGCCGUCCUACCCGCGCGUCGACCAGGCGGCAUCGCAAGGCGUCGUGCCUGUGGAUCAGGCACCGGCGGUGGUGGACGUCGGUCUGCUGCUGGGGCAGGGCGUCGGACCGGCGGCGCUCCGGGGCGGCGUGCCAGCGGAGCAGGCGACGCCGCAGGCCGUCGUGCUGGCUGAGCAGGCCCUGGCCGCCCAGGGCAGACCGGCGGGGCCCGUGGCGCUCAGGGCCGAAGCCGGGCUGGCCGUGCCGAAGCCCAACAAGGCCAAACUCGCCAGCAUCUCCAGGCCAGCCUCGUCCGUCCUGUGCGCCAAGGAGAUCAUCGCCCCCGAGACUCACCACACCUACGCGUGGCUGAUGAACGAAAUAGCUGUGCCGCGGAUGCAGCUGGGGGAUCUUGGAGGUGCCUACUCGCAGCUCGUCGAGGCGAACGUGCUCCACAUGAAGCUCUACGGGACGUUCUCCGGCGACGCGAUGUACAACCUGGCCUGCUGCCUGUCGCGAGGCGCGGCAGCGCCCCUCGGGGGCUCUGCCAGCGCGGCGUGCGCCAGCGGGCUGCCGCCGUUCCUGCCCGGGGCCUCGGUGGCGGAGGUGGCGGAGGCGCGCCUCGACCUCGCCGUCGGCAUGCUCGAGUCCGCCGUGGUGGCGGGGUACGGCGAUGCGGCCAACGUGCUCGCCGACCCCGACCUGCAGGCGAUCCGCCGCUGGCGCCCCGAGCGCUUCGCGGCGGUCGCGAGGCGCCUGGCUGGCGAGGUCGUGCCGCUCGGAUCGGUGGCGGUGGCGGUGGCGGAGCGCGGUGUGGGCGAAGGACACAGCCUGGGCGCCCUGGUCCUGCAGGCCGUGGCUGGCGACCCGCCCAUGGGCACCGACCGCGAGGACGGGGGGGGCCCCGGCUGGGAAGCUGGGAGCGACGACGGCGGCGCCGCCACAAUCGCGGAGCAGUUCGCGGAGCAGUUCGCGGAGCAGUUCGACUCGUGGGCCUCCUUCGCGGAGUCCGUGCGCAGCGUGUUCGGGCAGAGCCUGACGUGGGCCAGCAUCCUGGGCCCUCUGGUGCCCGCGCUGCUGGACACGAUGCGGCCGCGGCUCCUCGGGAGCUACGGGCGCUGGCCAGCGGCCCGCCCGUCGGCGACUGCGGGUGCGAGCCGGAGCCGGAGGACGGACGACGAGGAGGAGGACGACGACGACGGGUGUGGCGGCUGCGGGAGCGGCUCGGCGCGGGCGGUGCUGGCGUCAGGUGGCGCGGAGGCUGCCGCGCCCGCGGCGCCUGUCGCCACGGCCGAGGAGCCGGGCCCGGAGGAGAGCCCGGGACGCCCGCCACGGUGUAUCCCGACGACGCGGAAGGCUGCCCUGAAGACAGGAGGGGACGACGACGUGAUCAGCAUAUGA